ACCUGAGGAGCGCGGUUCCCUCCGCCCCAUCCAGACGUCCUGCCUUAAACUACCGCGAAAGGGAGGGAAGAGCGGAAGCAUGUCCAACCCGGAGAAGCGGAUCUUAUCCCGCCCCUCGGCCCCCCUGGCUGCAGCACCCGGGGAAAAGCCCGGCUCCGGCAACCGCCCGCUCCACUCCCAUGGCCAGAGCGGCGGAGGUGGAGGCAGCGGCGGGUCUCCUCCUCCUCCCCCCGCUCCUGGAGGCGGCUCGGCUGCCUGCAGCUCCCUGUCUCUCCUCCUAACAACCACCAGCAGCAGCAGGAGCCGCGCUGCAGGGACAGCCUCCUCCGCCGCCUCCGCCAGCAUCGUCCCCAGAGCGGCAGCGGCUCCUUUCCUCGCUCCAAUCCCCUCCUUUUCCUCCGCUUCUCCAUCUUCUUUCUACUUCUUGCCGCCGCCUCCUCGUUUCCCCUCCUCGUCUUCCUUUAACCUCACAAGUCUCCAAGGGAGGGAAGGAGGAGGAGAGGCAGCGAGAGCGGCAGGAGGAGGAGGAAGAGAUGUUGGCGGCGGAGCAGCAGCAGCAGCAGCUCACUUGAUCGCCCAUCCAGGCGGCAGCGGCAGGAGGAGACUCUUCUGUUCUUCCUCCAUCCAGGGCUUGCUGCUCCGUUCCGCAGCCGGCGGCCCCCGGCAGCACCACUCCCGGCUCCUCCUCUCCCCAGCCGCCUCUCGCCCGUGGUCCUGCAAUUCCCUCGGUGCUGCAGGAGCAGCAGCAGCCCGCGGCGACGGGAUCCGAGGAGGCGACGGCCCCGGCGGGAGCAGGACUCCUAGGCGGCAGCAGCGGCAGAGAGGCGCCUUCUUCUCCUUCUCGUCUCCCCUGCUCCUAGGGCCAGACAUGGAAGAUGGAUCUAAUUCUGCAAGCUGCUUUAGGAGGUUUACGGACUGUUUCUUGAACACAAGUUUAACAGAUGAAAAAGUGAAGGCCUAUCUUUCUCUUCACCCCCAGGUACUGGAUGAGUUUGUGUCAGAAAGUGUAAGUGCGGAAACUGUGGAGAAAUGGCUAAAAAGGAAAAAUAACAGACAGGAAGAUGAAUCGACUCCUAAAGAAGUCAGCAGGUACCAGGAUACAAACAUGCAAGGUGUAGUGUACGAGUUGAACAGCUACAUAGAACAGCGCCUGGAUACAGGAGGAGAUAACCAAUUACUUCUGUAUGAACUGAGCAGCAUCAUUAAAAUAGCUACAAAAGCUGAUGGAUUUGCACUAUAUUUCCUGGGAGAAUGCAAUAAUAGUCUGUGUGUAUUUACACCACCAGGAGCUAAAGAAGGACAACCACGGCUCAUUCCUGCAGGGCCCAUUGCACAUGGCACUACAGUAUCUGCUUAUGUAGCCAGAUCCAGAAAAACGUUGUUAGUAGAAGAUAUUCUGGGGGAUGAGCGAUUUCCCAAAGGUACUGGACUGGAAUCAGGGACUCGUAUCCAAUCUGUUCUGUGUUUGCCAAUUGUCACUGCAAUCGGUGAUCUGAUUGGUAUCCUGGAGCUUUACCGUCACUGGGGCAAAGAAGCCUUCCACCUUAGUCACCAAGAGGUUGCAACAGCAAAUCUUGCAUGGGCUUCAGUAGCAAUACAUCAAGUACAAGUGUGCCGGGGCCUUGCCAAGCAGACUGAACUGAAUGACUUCUUGCUUGAUGUAUCGAAAACGUAUUUUGAUAAUAUAGUUGCAAUAGAUUCUCUACUUGAACAUAUAAUGAUAUAUGCAAAAAACCUGGUGAAUGCAGAUAGGUGUGCACUCUUCCAGGUUGACCACAAAAAUAAGGAGCUGUAUUCAGACCUUUUUGAUAUUGGAGAAGAAAAUGAUGGGAAACCUGUCUUCAAGAAGACCAAAGAAAUAAGAUUUUCUAUAGAAAAAGGAAUAGCUGGUCAAGUGGCAAGAACAGGAGAAGUCCUUAACAUCCCUGAUGCCUAUGCAGAUCCACGCUUUAACAGAGAAGUAGACCUCUACACAGGCUACACAACCAGAAAUAUCCUGUGCAUGCCUAUUGUAAGCCGAGGAAGUGUAAUAGGUGUUGUGCAGAUGGUGAACAAAAUAAGUGGAAGUGCCUUCUCUAAAACUGAUGAGAACAACUUUAAAAUGUUUGCAGUCUUUUGUGCUUUAGCCUUACACUGUGCUAAUAUGUACCACAGAAUUCGCCAUUCAGAGUGUAUUUACCGUGUAACGAUGGAGAAGCUAUCCUACCACAGUGUUUGUACAGCAGAAGAGUGGCAAAACCUCAUGCACUGUACACUGCCUCCCCAUAUUUAUAAAGAAAUUGAACUGUACCACUUUGAUAUCAGUCCGUAUGAGGAUGUCUGGCCUGCCAUUUUUGUCUACAUGGUUCACCAGUCCUGUGGGACAGCCUGCUUUGAACUUGAAAAGCUAUGCCGAUUUACUAUGUCUGUGAAGAAGAAUUAUCGCCGUGUGCCCUACCACAACUGGAAGCAUGCAGUUACCGUUGCACAUUGCAUGUAUGCCAUACUUCAGAACAACCAGGGGCUUUUCACUGAUCUAGAGCGAAAAGGUCUUUUAGUUGCAUGCCUGUGUCAUGACCUGGAUCACAGAGGUUACAGCAACAGCUAUCUUCAGAAAUUUGAUCACCCCUUAGCUGCUCUCUAUUCCACAUCAACAAUGGAACAGCACCACUUCUCGCAGACUGUGUCCAUCCUGCAGCUGGAAGGGCACAAUGUCUUCUCCAAUCUGAGCUCCAGCGAAUAUGAGCAAGUACUUGAGAUCAUCCGGAAAGCCAUCAUUGCCACAGACCUUGCCCUGUAUUUUGGAAAUAGAAAACAGCUUGAAGAGCUGCAUCAGACAGGAGCAUUAAACCUUAAGAACCAAGCACACAGAGAUAGAGUGAUUGGUCUGAUGAUGACGGCUUGUGAUUUGUGUUCUGUAACAAAGCUGUGGCCAGUUACCAGACUGACGGCCAAUGACAUAUAUGCGGAGUUCUGGGCUGAGGGUGAUGAAAUGAAGAAAACGGGUAUUCAACCUAUUCCUAUGAUGGACAGAGACAAGAAAGAUGAAGUCCCUCAGGGUCAGAUUGGGUUCUACAAUGCUGUAGCCAUCCCAUGUUACACCACACUUGCGCAGAUCUUUCCUCCAACUGGGCCACUACUCCGAGCAUGCAGGGACAAUCUCAACCAAUGGGAGAAAGUAACAAGAGGUGAGGAAGCCUCUAUAUGGAUUCCCUCGCAGUCCCUUGCUCCUGGGACCUCAGAUUCACUUCCUGUGAAGAUCGAUGACUGAACAGCAGCAACAGAUUGCUUUAACCUGUAAAGCAUCCC